CUUGCCUCGCUCUCUGCCCUUCAUAAACUCCUUCUAGUUUUAGCAACCUUCUGUAAUUGGUGAAAACCCAUUGAAACUGCCUAAUAAUGUCUCAUUUCUCUUCAGCAUUAAUGGGAAAUUGGGUGCUUUUUAUAACAGCAAUUAGAAAAGAGAAGACCCAUUUGAUUUCUAAUUUUUUAAUUCUUUCCGGAACUUUUUGAUUUGUGGGUUCUGUAGUUGGAGGUUGAGAGAGUAAUUUAAUCAUAGUCCAAUGUGACAUAACAUGUAUUGUUUCUUUUAUACACAGAUCCCUAUGUGUAGGGGGUAUUUUCUCCCUUAGUUUUUUGAAGAAUUUUUCCUUCUUUUUGUUUGUUUCGUAUGACAGAGAUUGUGAGACUAUAUGCAUUGUUCAUUUCAUUUAGAAAUAUCCCCUCCCCUUUUCUUGCUUACAAUAAACUAUUCAAUAACUUACUUUUAUUAACAGAGAGGGAAAAAUUGAAAUCAUGAGGUUAUUUUAUCUCCAAUGAUUGAGGUGCCUUGCUUCAUCAUCAGCUUGUUGCAAAAACACAAGAAACUUUUUACAUAAGUAGACAACUGGAGUGAGUGAGAGAAAUGGCCAUGGAAGCUAGUUCUGAGCCUCAGCAACAUUCUCACUACCAUCACCGAGGCCAGGUAACUUCAGCAGUAGCUGUCUCUAACACCAUGUCAAAUAGCUUCUUAGCUUCUCACCACUACAAUGGAGAUUUUCUCUCUGUAGUGCCUCUCAAGUCUGAUGGGUCUCUUUGUAUCAUGGAUUCAAUCAACACAUCACAACCUCAAGAUAUAUUGCCAAAUAUCUCACCAAAACUAGAGGAUUUUCUUGGUGGUGCAACUCAUGGAAAAGAAACCACAGCGCUAAGCUUAGACAGCAUAUAUUACGAUCAAAACGCGGAGGUUGGUUCAGAGAGACAACAUUCUUUGAAUCUUCUUAACCAACAAGAGCAACAACAACAUAUUCUUUUUCAUUCUCAGCGAUAUUAUUCUGCAAUGUAUCAAUAUCCUGCUGAGAAUCCCGACAACGAGUCUCAUAUUGCAAGCUAUUGUUCUGAAAUAAGACAAGAUAUGGAGCAGCGGAUCAAUGGGUGUUGCUUUGGGGGAAUGAAUUGCCAAGACUUGAAGCCACUUAGCUUGUCCAUGAGUCCUGGUUCUCAAUCUAGUUGUGUCACUACUCCAAGUCAAAUUUCUCAACCUGGACCAUCCACCAUGGAAAUAAAGAAAAGGGCUCUGGCAAGUCAGAAGCAGCCGGUCCAUCGGAAGUCGAUCGACACAUUCGGACAAAGAACUUCACAGUACAGAGGUGUUACUAGGCAUAGAUGGACCGGUAGAUAUGAGGCUCAUUUGUGGGAUAAUAGUUGUAAGAAGGAAGGUCAAACCAGGAAAGGAAGACAAGUUUAUCUCGGUGGCUAUGAUAUGGAGGAGAAAGCCGCAAGAGCCUAUGAUCUUGCAGCUCUCAAGUACUGGGGUUCCUCUACACAUUUAAACUUCCCGUUAAAGAACUAUGAACUUGAAAUUGAAGAAAUGAAGAACAUGAACCGCCAAGAAUAUGUGGCACACCUGAGAAGGAAAAGCAGUGGAUUCUCCAGGGGAGCUUCUAUAUACAGAGGUGUAACUAGACAUCAUCAGCAUGGGAGAUGGCAAGCUCGGAUCGGGAGAGUCGCUGGAAAUAAAGACCUGUAUCUUGGCACAUUUGGCACACAAGAGGAAGCUGCAGAAGCUUAUGAUAUAGCAGCUAUCAAGUUCCGUGGUGCAAAUGCAGUUACAAACUUCGACACAUCGAGGUACGAUGUAGAAAGGAUCAUAGCAAGCAGUAGCCUUCUUUCGGGAGAGUUCGCGAGGAGAAAAAAAGAACACAAACCAACCAACACCAUUGAACGUAAAGAACCAAAACAGAACGUCACACAAACUGACGAGGGGUUGGAAAUGUCCACCAACUUAGAUUGGAGGGCGGUAUUCCACGACAACCUGCUACUGAAUCCAAGCGCAAGUGUCGAAUCCAUAGACCAAAAGUCCAUGACCUCAAGCAGAUACGUGAAUCAUGUAAUCGGAGUGGUCGAAACCGAAAGCUCUAAUCAAGAAACUGUGAAUGAUUCAAGAAAGUACAAAACUCACUUCUCCAAUGCUUCCUCUGUGGUUAGCAGCCUGAGCAGCUCAAGGGAAACAAGUCCUGAUAAGUCAAAUGGCUCAUCCUCAGUAUUAUUUGCAAAAUCCCCAUUUGGAAGCAAUGGAAGUAAUUGGCUUCCAUCACCCCAAAUGAGGCUUGCUCCUAUAUCUUUGCCUGUUUGGAAUGAUGCAUAAGACAAAGCUUCUUUCCAUGUCUUUCUACAAUGUUAGUAACAUGUAAUGAAUUCUAAUCCAAAUCCAAUCCAUUUCAACCUUGUUUUCUUCGAAUCUUUUGGCUCAAAAUUCUGAGGAGGUGUUUGGACCAAAGAGUUCCUAAGUUAUAAACUCUACUCCAAGAGUUCAUAACUCUCCAAACUCUACAAUUCUUUAGAAAUCACAACUCCACUUAUUGUCUCAAACUCUUCUGAAAGGUUUUGCACAGUUAAGAAAGGACUAUGUAGGCGGGAAGAAGUUUCAUUCAAGUAAUGCAAAAUAAUAAUUGGAUGUGCUUUCUCGUU